UUCUGACUGAUAAACUAAAGCAAAGCGAGAACCGGUCUCAUCCGGACCAGGAAAGCUGGAACCGAAGCCGCACUCAAAGGAUAUAUUUGUUAUUUUAUUUGAAAUAAGUUAAAGGAUCUUUUUUUGUUUGUUUGUCUUGGACUCGGGGUGAAGUUUGACGUCCCGUCUCGGGACCGAUCCGGCUCUUUUCCAUGUGGACUGUAGAUUUCCAGCUCCGGCUCUUGACUUGGACACGCGAUGACUGACAGUUGGGACAUCGGGAAAAGGUUCUCCUCGUGCUGGGAGAGGUUUUUAUCCUGCUUCAGGAAACCCAGCCAGCCUGGAGAUGAGGCGGACGACAAGAAGAAGGACAAACCCGUCACGGUGAUUCCGAACCCCGGUGAUGUCAGCACCCGGACCAGGCCCGCCCCGCCGCCGGUCCCCAAGCCCACGAACUGUUACGUGGCCCUGUACGACUACUCGGCCCGGACCGGGGAGGACCUGAGCUUCCACGCCGGAGACUCUCUGGAUGUUCUGGACAAAGUGGCGGGUGAGUGGUGGUUCGCCAAGGCCCUGACCGGGGUCUCGGCCCCCAAACGGGGCUACAUCCCCGCCAACUACGUGGCCCCCGUGGAGAGCAUCGAAUCGGAACCAUGGUACUUUCCCGACACCAAGAGGGUGGAUGCAGAAAAGAUGUUGACAGCAGAAGGGAACAUGCACGGAGCCUUCCUCAUCAGGAACUGUGAAAGCCAGAAAGGAGAACUGUCCCUCUCAGUGCUCGACUCGGGGAAGGUGAAGCAUUACAAACUCAAGAAGCUGGAAAACGGUUCUUAUUAUGUCUCGAGGGCCAAAACCUUCACAACACUCAAAGAGUUAGUCAAUCAUUAUUCCAGAAAUGCAGAUGGACUCUGCGUGCUUCUCGCUGAACCAUGCAGAAAGAUGGAGGCUCCUCAGACUUAUGGCCUGUCCUACAACACGGUGGAUCAGUGGGAGAUUGACCGAAAGUCCAUCAAGCUGCUGAGGAAGCUGGGUACCGGGCAGUUUGGAGAGGUCUACGAGGGCCUGUGGAACGACACCACAGCAGUCGCCGUGAAGACUCUCAAACCAGGUACCAUGGAUCCUGAGGACUUCCUGAGAGAGGCUCAGAUGAUGAAGCGGCUGCGUCACGCCAAACUGAUCCAGCUGUACGCCGUCUGCACCAUGGAGGAACCCAUCUACAUCAUCACAGAGCUGAUGAAGAACGGCAGCCUGCUGGACUACCUGCAGAAAGACAAAGGUGAAACUCUGUGCAUGCCCCACCUGAUCGAGAUGGCUGCACAGGUGUCUGCAGGGAUGGCUUUCCUGGAGCUACAGAACUACAUCCACAGGGACCUGGCAGCCCGGAACGUCCUGGUGGGGGAGAACAACAUCUGCAAGGUGGCGGACUUUGGACUGGCCAGAGUCUUCAUGAAAGAAACUGAAAAUGUGUAUGAAGCCAAAGAAGGCACCAAGUUCCCGGUGAAGUGGACCGCUCCAGAGGCAAUCAAUGAGAACAAGUUCUCCAUCAAGUCUGACGUUUGGUCCUUUGGCAUCCUUCUCUAUGAGAUCGUGACGUUUGGCGAGAUGCCUUACCAAGGGAUGACUAACUUCCAGGUGAUCCAGAAGGUUCUCCAGGGCUACAGAAUGCCCAACCCUCCGAACUGCCCCAAGAUGAUGUAUGACAUCAUGUUGGAUUGCUGGAAGGAGAACGAACAGGAGAGACCCACGUUCGAGACCCUCCAGUGGAAGCUGGAGGACUACUUUGACACGGACGUGACCUCCUACGACGACGCUAGCCGCUACUAGCACACAUCGCAACAAGCAGGAUGGGAAAGAAAUCACUUGAUGUGAUGUUUCAUCACACUUGUGAAUGCAAUUUAAAUUUCUACCUUAUUUUAAAUCCAAAUGAAGGCGAAUCGGCUCAGCCUGCUUGUCAUCAUGUCAGCUGGACACUCCACGCGCGGGUGCUUCAACAAUUCCAGAAAUGUCUGUAUUGUGAACAACAGAAGCCGACUGUUUUGUCCCCUGUACAAACUGAAAUUGCCGUUUUGUUAACACUUUGCUGUUUUGACCUCAUAACUCAAGAACAUUCAGUCAAAGUUGGACCAAACUAUACCUUUUUGGAAUCUUUAUGAUCAGACAAAUAAUGUGGUGUCCAUUUUAAUAUGAUUGGAGCAUGUUUAAAUUUUGACCUCUGUGUAACCUUGGGUGGAAGUGACCAACCCAUCUGGCCCAUAGAUCCCCUUAAUGAUCGCAGACAUUUCUGUAAAUGGUCAUUUGUUGCUCCAGCAGCACCACAGCAGUCGUUUGAGCUUUUUGCAUCAACAAAAUAACCGCUAACGUACCUGUAAAAUCUGAUGUGCAGCUGUGUCACCUCAGCAGUGAGCGUCAGCGCCACCUUUCCGUUUGGAGGAUCCGUCGUAGAUACUCGUUAACUCUGUGCUUGCUCCUAAAACUGUCGCAACAUUACAUAAUCAGGCCGGAUCCAUGUCAGGAGGAGCUGGAUGACCAGUAUGUAGUCCUGGGUUUGAUCGGCAUUGUCUGGGUCCACCCAGCGGUACUGGACCUGGCUGGGGAAGUAACCUGUGAUGGACUGGCAUCGUGGAGACUCUCAUCCCCUUUACGGUUUCUGGGGUUAAUCAGCGGCAGAAGCGGGCCUCAGGUCCUGUACCUGUCUUGGUUCUUUGAUGGGACUUCAUGUCAGUCCUUCUCUUAAAUCCAACAAACUGCUCGUUUUGCCUCGUCUGUGCAGCGUGACAUCAUCAUAGUGAAGUAAAGCGCCGCCACGUUUACCCGCUGAUGUUGUUCAAGGUCUAAACUGUUGGUGUUUCCUCCCUCGAGAGAUUUAAAUGCUAAUUUGAGUUUUUUUUAAAUUGUUCUGAUGAAUUCAGUUUGUCAUGAAAUCAAAUUUAAAACUCAUCUGGCAGCAGCAAAAUAUGAGCAUUAAAAAAAAACAUUUUAAAAGCUGUAAUUUGGCUUCAUUGUCAUGUGACUGUCAAACUUCAAAACCUCUGCAGUGGAGCUUCAGGAGAAGCAGCUUGUCUGUUGUGAAACGUGAUGAUCUCCAUCUAAAAUCCAGGUGAGAUCCAAACAGAUCAGACCACUUCCAAGAAAGACCAAAAUAAACGUUUUUAUUCCAGUCUGCGUUGUAAUAACACGUGUAAUAAAUGAAACAUUGUGAGCAUCUCUCUCUUUCUUGUUCGGUGUCUUCAGGGCUUUUUUGUGUGUCUCUGUAGUCGAUCAGCGUGAGCAGGCUGCAGCAGGCGGCUUUCGGUCGACGGCCCAGAACCGGUUCUUCUUGCACUCUGAAUACUUAACAUUCUUUCUGCCCGUGACCUGCUGCAUGUUUGCCUGGAAAUGUUCACAAGGACUCGUGAGUCAUCUUCGUGUACUGACUCAGCCUGAAACUCUGAUACGGAUCGAUCUGUGUGUAGGAUCUCUGCUCAGGGCCCGACUCUGCUUCAGGAAUGUCAGAAACAGUGGGCCUGGACCAGCGGCGGCUCCACUGUUUGUUUGUUUGUGGUGGGUGCGUAAUUAGUGAGUGGCAGGCAACUGAAUUUGAAUCUUCGUCUGCUUUCUUCAUUCAUGUUGGAUUAGAGAUACAGUGUACAAAAAAUAGGAAUAAAAACCUGCAUUUGCCGCGUCUACGUGUUGAUUUGGCACUUUUUUUUUUUUUUUUAAACACAGGAUGCAGCUCAACAGAGCAGGCGAACCUGCCAAACCCGUUCCACAAAUGCAGAUUUUGAAGUUCCUGACAGCUUCCAGGUAGAACAGUAAAGUCUGCAGUCAGGAGAGAAGCUGCUGUCCUUUAGGUGGCGCUAUUCUCUGUGAAUGCUGGAAUCCCCAUUUUCCAACUCUGACAAGCAAACAAUCCAAAGCAUCUGGUUCGGCCUGGUGUCAACUCGCUCAGUUGAACUUGUGCAACACAUCAGUAUGUGAUGGUUGCUAUGGAAACGGGGAGGGGGGACGCUAUAUAAGCAGGUGACCCUAAAAACUAAUUUUGUGUGUGUGUCGGGGGGGGUGGGGGUUACUGAAUUUGUUCAGGGUGCUGCAACCCCCUCAAGCUCUCCCCUCUCUAGCGCCACCUACAUGUUGAUAAAACUGUCAGAGCAACUCAGUUUCCUGUAAAUUAUUGUUGCUUUUGAGGAAAGUGCAUGUGCUCCGUUCAGGCUUCACACACUCAGGUUACUCAAACAGAAAAAAAAAAAGUCUAUAUACGGUUUUAUUCCUCAUGUAGUGUCUGUAAUAACUGGAUGACUGAAUAAUGUUGGACCAAAUUAUUAUUUUUUCUUCAUUUUUGCAGCUGCUGUCAGAUCAGUUUGAUUUUCCUUAAUCAGUGGUUCCAGUUAGUCCAUGACUACACUUUUAAUUUUUGUAAUAUAAUGCUGCUGAUAUUUGUACAUAAAAAGUAACAUUUAUCCAUUUUAAACUGUUGUAAUUUGGUGCAGGAAAUAUGAUUUUGUGCAGGAAGCCCUCACUGGUGUUCAUCUGCUAAAUUAUGUGCAUGCAUUAAAUAUAGUUAUUUAAUAUAAACACAGAAUUCUAUAUAUUCCAGCAAAGAAAAUGUUUUUGAAUGCUACACUUUUUUUUUUCUUGUCAUUUAAGUUCAAAAUGUGAGAUCUAUCAAAAUUGACUUUGAUAGUCAUGAAGGACCUUUUAUGAGUAAAGUUGUUUGUUUUUUUUUUCUUCAUCUUAUGUUUGCACGUCGCUGUAACAGUUAGUUAUCUAAUAAAUACUGCUGUCAUUUCCA